CUACUCCCCUCCAACCCGAACCACUCAUUCCACCGACAAUCAACAUCCACCACAAUAAUCCAUACUUCUCCUCCCAUUCUUUCAUUCUCACUCUGAAACCAUGGCAGACUCCCAAUUCGACAGCGCCCUCGACCUCCUCCGCCGUCUCAACCCCCGCGACACAAAACAGCACCUCAACGCCAUCACCUCCAUCGUCCCCGACCUAGCCGAAGACCUCCUCUCCUCCGUUGACCAGCCCCUCGAGAUCCGCCGCUGCCCUAAAUCCUCCCGCGAUUACCUCCUCUGCGACUACAACCGCGACGGAGAUAGCUACCGCUCCCCCUGGAGCAACGAGUUCGACCCCCCGCUCGACGACGGCACCGUGCCCAGUGAGCGCGUGCGCAAGCUGGAAAUUGCGGCGAACGAGGCCUUUGAUGUCUACCGUGAGCUGUACUAUGAGGGGGGUGUUGGGAGUGUGUACUUUUGGGAUUUGGAUGAUGGGUUUGCGGGGGUGAUUUUGUUGAAGAAGGGUGUUACCCCCGGCGGUAAGAGCUCCGGCGAAUGGGACAGUAUCCACGUCUUUGAAGCGACCGAUCGCGCCCGCAUGUCCCACUACAAGCUGACCAGCACGGUCAUCCUGCACCUCGCCAACGAGACCGAGGCCCUGGGCGAGAUGGACCUCAGCGGGAAUAUGACCCGUCAGGUGGAGGUCGAUCUGCCCGUCGAGUCGGAUGCCAGCCAUGUCGCGAACGUGGGUCGCUUGGUUGAGGAUAUGGAGUUGAAGAUGAGGAACUUGCUGCAGGAGGUCUACUUUGGCAAGGCUAAGGAUGUGGUUGGGGAGUUGCGGAGCGUCUCUUCCCUCUCCGAGUCCAGCAAGGAGCGCGCAAACCACGCUGAGAUGAUCCGGUCGAUGCACGGGUAGUAGGUUUAUUCUGAUUGUAUGUAGAUGAGCUGAGGUUCCUGGUGAUCCGCAGUUCGAGCGUGCCACUGGACUAAUAAUGGAUUGCUCUCAAUAAUAUGGGUAUCAUAACGCUGCCAUUCCAACUGUAUCGCCAUUUCUUAUUCCCCAAGGGAGUAAACACACAAGUCCCUUCCCCUCCCCCCCAAUGUUCCCUUCAAA